CACGCAAGUUGCAGUUUGCUGUAUUGAAACGAACGCUGACCAUCUAUGCACGAGUUUCAAUGAGUAAUAUUACUGCGGCACUGUCCAAAGGCAUCACGACUGACCGAUUAGUAAAAUUUACCUAACAAUUCAUUUUUAAAUUUUCAUCAAUAGAGGUCCAACUCUUCUGCUCAAUAGCGUUCGUCUUCACUGGUUUUGUAACUGUUGCACGUUUUCAAUAACAAUAAUAUCAAGAUGUCGAGUUUUGAUAAGAAUGAAAGUUGGAUACACAACCAUAAAGAUAAUAGUAAUAUCAGUAUAAACAUCAAACAACACAUUAAACAUGGUCAUCAUAGAGCAAAGUAUACUUUUUCUGAUGAUCCUACUGAUAUUAUUGAUCUGAAUAUCCAAAAAUAUAAUGGUUUUGAUCAUAUACAAGCUCUACAUGACUAUUUGGAAAAAAUGAAUUUAGGGAAAGUUGAAUUUUCUGUUUUUAAAUGUAAAUCAAAAUCAAAUGUACCUGCUCAUUAUGCCAAUAUUAAGCUAGGUAAUGUGUCUGUUGCUAGUUCAUUCCCAGAAAAAUAUUCCCUUCCUGAAGUUGCUCAACAGGUAGCUGCACGUAAUGCAUUAUAUGUACUGAAGAAAGCUCAUAGUUAUAACAAUAUUCCAGUCACUCAAGAUAUAUCUAUUGUUGCUGAAAGAUUGGAAAAGGAAUUACAAAAAAAUUAUGCUGGACUUUUCUGUGAUAAAGUAGAAAAUAUUUAUAAAGAAGUGUAUAGUGAACAAUUACCUUCAAAUUGGUUGGAUUUACUUAGUCGAUUAACAACAAAUAUUAUAAUUGAAGAUUUACCUAAUCAGAAUAAAUCCAUUUUAUACUACGAUGCUUCUCCUGCUAAUAAAAAAAAACAUAAAGAGUUUUUGGAUAUUUCUUUGACGGAAUCUUCCGAGAACUUACUUGUUAUGAAAUUGGUUGAUAAAACUGAAAGGACUGUUACUGUGGCUAGUGUAGACAGUAAUUACACAUUUUGGGUUCUUUUUGUUCAUGACAGAAUUAAUGACGAAUAUGACACUUUAUUUAAAUUAAUGAACAUGCCAAGUGAAUCAAAACAUUUUAUUAAAAUGUUUAGCAUUGAGGUUUCUGAUGUAUACGCAGUUCAAAUACAAGAAGAAUGGUAUAGGUUUAAAGUCAGUAAAAUUGAAGAUGAUAGUGUUAUUGGCAUUUUUAUUGAUUUGGGUAUGGAGUGGUGUGUUGCUAAAAAUAAUGUUAUGUUUUUGCCUCCUAAGUUUCUAAAAGUAUCUUCACAAGCUAUAAAAUGUGCUUUAACAUCACUGUUUUUCGCACCUUAUUUUCAAGUUGCUCAAGAAUUGUUUCAUAAAAUAUUAUUUGGAAAAGAAUUUACUUUAGUUCCAGAUAAUAUUGAAUGUGAUGUUCCAUUGGUCACAUUAUAUGAUGGAAAGUGUAACAUGAAUGAUCUAAUUAGGAAAGCCAUUAUUGAAAAAACCAGCUUUAAUAAAAUUAAUGGAAAAUGUGAAAAAGCUAGUCUUGCUUAUGUUGGUGAUGGCUACUUAUAUUUACAUUCGCCAAAUGAUACAUUAACAAUUUUGGAAUCCAUAUUGGAUUCAAUAUCAGCUUCUCGGCCUCUUGACACUCUGUAUUCUAAAAACAGUAUUUCGCCUCAUAAAUUAUAUCUUGUUAAAUGCCCAGAACUUAAUUUGUGGAGCAGAGCAAUAGUUCACGAUUUUAUAUUUACUGAUCAAAAAUUCAAAGUAUACUUCAUUGAUUAUGGUAACUAUGGAUUUAUUGAUCAAGAUAAAUUUAUUGAUUUGAAGUCAUUUGAUUUAUUGUUGUCUGCAAUAGGUCCUCAGGCUUUAAAAGUGUCUUUUCAUUUAUUUCCACCUGAGAAUCUUGUAGAUCAAUCUCGAUCCAAAGCGGUGCAUGAAAUGCUCACUAAUAAAUCUUUGGAUAUAAACGUUAUUUCGACUACUAGCGAUGAUAUUCAAGUAGUUGAAAUAUUUGAUGCUAAUGAUCAAAGUGCAAAUCGAUUAUCUUUUAAUACCCAAUUAUAUCAAAGUGUUUAGCUCAACUGUUAAAACAAUAUUUUUACGGAAUUCAAAAGUCAGACUUACUCAUAACUCAUAAAUGAAGUAUUUAUUAAUUUGUCAUAUAAAUAUUAUAUUAUUUAAAAAUUCACCAUAGAUUUUAAGUUUUUUUAUGUUAAUAUAAGAGUUUUCUUCAUUUUAUAUAAAUAUUUUAAAAAGUGUAAAAUUGAAUACAAAUAUUAAACAACCCUAAUUUAUGCAGAAUAA